AUGGUAACCAAAACCUCAGAAUCUUGGGGCCCGUCCCCCGUGCACUUUUUCUCCCAUGGCUCAACCAUGAUGCUGGGCGAGAAGUCCGAAUCAGCAGACUAUUGGAAAAAGUGCGGCGAUGAAUCUCUGGCACAGGGGAUCAAAGGCGUGGUCAUGAUGGGUGCGCACUGGGCAUGCAAAGGGCCUGACAGAAUCGAAAUAUCCAUGAACCCCAAGCCCGUGAAGCAACCGGUUGCAUACGUUCAUCCUUCAAAGUACGUGGACUAUGAGCUGGUACCCGACCUUGAGGGUGGAGAAAUAUGCAUGGAACUCUUGGGGAACGCCGGGUUUGAAGUCUCGGCCAAUGAGACUUUGGAAUGGAUCCAUGAUAUCUUUUUGAUUCUCAUUCGCAUGUUCCCCAACAAGUGUCCGCCCACCACCAUCAUCUCAAACAACCUACGAUACGACCCGCAUCUCCAUGUACGAGCUGGGACUGCACUUCGUCAACUACGCUCUCAGGGUUACCUGUUGAUUGGUACAGGUGGUGCGGUCCACAACCUCUAUCCCCACUCCCCUGAGGAAUGGGCAAUGGACUUCAGACAGGCUGUAGAAGACGCAUUUGUUAACAACUCAGGUCCGUCUCUGCGUCGAGCCUUGACACGGCUGAUGAAACACCCUCAGUUCCGUGAUGCUCAUGCUACGGAUGAUCAUUACAUGGCAACCCUAUUCGUGGCCGGGGCUGCGGGAAGCGAGGACGACAACGGGAGCAAGGGAAGGCUGAUGGCAGAGACAUGGGAGUUGACAAAUAUGUGCAAUUCACAAUUUACUGUAGGCCACUGGCCUAGGUCAAACGAUGGUCCUAGCUCCUAA